GUGUUUGCGUCGUGUGGAAAGAUUCCCGUCAAGCCUGCCCCGGAUCUCUUCUAGCGAGACGAUCUCUUACGGGCACAUUUAUGUGUACAGGAUAGAUAGAUCUGAUGGCACAUUUUUCGAGUUUUCCUGCCGUAUUUAGUUUUUUAGAAGGACGUAAAACAACGUCGUAGAGUUUUAGUGCUCCGCCUUUUGACCUCUGUCUAGGGUCUAGUCUGUAUAUCUGACCACGGCCGGAAUAUAUUAUAGAUGUUCCUGCUGCUUUAUUUCCCUUACUACAACUGGAUCCAUGUGGUGGAUAAUGUUUGUGUAUAUGAUCCUGUUAGAUGUGUUGAUUGAUUGAUUCAAAUUGAAAUGAUAAAACUGUCUUGCAGUUGCAGUACUGCAGUAUAGACACACUGGAGCUGUGAACUUGUGAGAUUAAUUUUUGUCCGGUCAGUCCAUGGUGUUAUCAAGGAGGUUAAAAUAAUGCCCAGAAAAAGGUUUUUCUCCAAGUAAGACAUGAUGGAGAUAGCUGAGAGUGGUGCCACAAACUCUGCGUCUGAGUCUGACAACCACCCAGAGCUGAACCAGUCAGGAGACGUGGACUCUCUUCUGAGCCUGGAGCGGCUGGACAGGGCCUCCCCUGAACUCUGGCCUGAGCAGAUUCCUGGUGUAUCGGAGUUUGCUUACAAAUCUGUAAGUAUAAACUUACCAGGCAAGCCUUUGGCAGGCAGUGCCUCAGCCACGCCCAAGUGGGUCCAGGAGCUGGAGAAAGAUGACAUUGAUAUGUUACAGGAGUUUGGCAGUUUGACGACAGCUAACCUGAUGGAAAAGGUACGAGGACUGCAGAACCUGGCCUACCAGCUGGGGUUGGACGAGGCCCGUGAAAUGACCAGAGGAAAGUUCUUGAAUAUUUUGGAGAAGAAUCCAGUGUCACACUCCCACCAACACAGGACUCACCUGAAGCCUUCACAGCAACAGCAACACACACACAGUCCAAAAGGAAAUGAUCAGGCCUUACUCAAGAUUCUUUUACUUUUUUUACUCAAGGCUACACCAAUUUAAUAUGUUUCUCAGAUUUUGAAAACAAUGCAAUCGAAAUAGUCAGAAAAAAAAGUCUUAACCUUAUUACACAAAGUUUCUGAGAGUGAAUAAAGUCAGAUGCAAGAUUUCCUCCAAGCUGUCAAUUUUCAUCUUAACACUUUUGCUGACGUUUUGCUCAAAAUGUUAGAGAACAAAGUUGAACAUUAAUUGGUGGCCUAAUGUUUCUCUGGAACAAACCAUGUAUUUGCAAUUCCAACAUGUAAAAACAGUUGAAAAGUGACAUUUAUCUGCAUAUUAACCACUGUAUAAAAACCUACAAAUGAAAAUUACUGACAUGUAUAAUUUGUAUUUAUACUGGAAACUUGUUUAGCUCUAAAAAGGGUGCUCCCUGACAAUUAUGCUCACUUAAAAUUUACACUGAGCUUGUGUAGUGUUUAUGCUGCAAUUAUAUCUUGCAUGCUGCAAACUUGUUUUUGCUGCAAAUAGCUAUCAAACCAUUCUUUCAUGUUUUGAGAGCUUCCAACAGCCUUUAAAAUUUCCAGUGACUGGUGUAAAACUAAAACUAAUUGGGUUUAACAAAAAAAAUGCAGCCCUCCUCCUGCACAAACCCAUGUUGUACAACAUUAUGCAUGGCAUUUUUUUGUGAGUACCAAUAUGCCGGGGGCAGUUUUGCCCAGGAGAGCACAGUUGACUUUUCCAUUCCAUACAGGGUAGGCAGCCUCUCACCUGUACUAGCUCUAGCAUGUCUUUGUCUUGCUACAGUAUGUGGUGCUUUUGUUCUUAAAAAUGUAAAGAUGAACUUAGGUAUGCAGAAUUUAGAUAGGUUCUGGUCGUUGAUACAUAUUGGCAAAGCCACAGGUGUGGACCGACCAUUUUACAAUGUGAGGAUGGCUAUUCUCCCAUGAAAAUCUGCUAUUCUCCCUUUAAUGCUGUGUCUCUUCUCAUGUAUAUGUAUACAGGAAAUAUCUGUGAUGUUACUUGGCAAAAAAAUACUUUAACCAGAGAUUAUUUUUUACGACUUGAAUGUGUUGUGGGAUUGUUAGUAGAUAUUGGAGUGGCAUAUAAAAAGUUUUUCUAUCUUGUGACAGAACCUGCAACAUCUGCCUAUACAUGUAGCUUAGGCACACGCUAUAUUGUACUAGUACUUCUGUAUACAUGUAGCUUAAGCACAUACCACUUCUGACAGUGUCUGGCAUAUAUUUUUACAACACAGCCUUCACAACAAUUCAUCCAUGUGGUACCCACAGAUAGAUUUU